AUAUAAAUAUUUAUCUAUAAUGCUUAAGAAAUCUAUAUUAAAAGUUAUUUUUUGUUUCAGUUUUGCUAAUUGAAAACAAAUAUUCCCUCAGUCAUUUUUGUAACUUUGAUAUCUUUUUAUCAUAUCAAAAUAAGACAUACUAGUAGCGCAGUAAAAGUAGCAGACUACAAAAUUUCAAGUUGGAUGGGAACCAUGAAAAGCCUUGAUAAGUGAUCACAAGAUCUUUCCCGUUUUCGCUGAGAUUUAAAAAAUGGCUUCCCAGCAUACCUUGCGCUUUCAGUCUAAUUCGAAAGUAUUUCAUCAAGAGCAUUUGGACAGCAAAAAACACGCAGAGCAAGGAAAGACUUGUAAUGCCUAUUAUCCAGGCCAGAUGAACACCUUCUCAAUGUCUCAAAAAUUCACCCAAGCCUACCAGCAACAAGACAGUGAACAUUUGACCUCUCUCCAUGCCAAAUUACACCAAGAGGCAGACAAGAUCCGAAAGUGGAAAAUGCAGACAGAACUGGAUCUGAGAGAUAAGGAGAAGAAAUUGAAUGAGGCGUAUGUGAGGAUUGAAAAAAUGAAAAAGUCUCUUCUUGAGCUGCAGUUGGACAAUGAAAAGACAAGUGCUAAGUUACAAGAAGAAAUAACCAACAGAGAGGAAGUUAUUAGACGAAUCAAUUCCACAAGGGAGAUGUGCUGUUUGCUGAAGUCUCAUGCUUCUAAGACUGAAGAGCGACUUUUGAAAUGUGAAACUGAGAAAACAGAGCUGAAGUACGUUGGAAAAGAAAACAUGCAACACAUUGAGGAUCUGACUUUCAAAUUCAAGAAACUACAACUGACAGCCAUUGAGAAUGAAAAGAAGAUGAAGACUAAAGUGUCUGUUGAAAGAAAUGAUCAAGAACAGAAAGAAAAGGCUAUGAAAGUGAGAAUGGAUGCAAGUGAAGAUGAGAUUAAGCUGCUACGAGAUGAGAUAGAUCAACAAAGAAUCGAAGUAGCAAACUUAGGUUCCACUCUUCAGAAAAAAGAAAAUGAUUUGCAGGAUAUGGGAAAGUCUGUUGAUGAGUUACAAGCACAAGUAACCUUUUUGUCUGGUCAACUGGAGAACAAGGAGGAAGAGCUCAAGACUUCUUCCCUUCACAUUAGUAGUCUUCAGGAAGAGAGCUCUAAAAUGGAAAAAGCUGUGAAGAAACUAGAGCAAGAUCUUACUUCUUUACAAACAGCCAAAGAUGUAAUGGCUUUAGGAAUGACUGAAACUAAAACACAGCUACAGGAACAACUUCUCAAAGCUUCAGAGGAAGUGACUACAACCAAAGAACAGCUUGAAGAGGAAAAGAGGAGUUUGAAAAGUUGUGAAUCCAGGCUAGAGGAAAUGACAGCUUUGAUUGAAAAUCUUAAGAGUUCAAGAGAUAUUUUGAUAUUAGAAAAAACUGACGUUGAAAUGAAUCUGGACACCCAGAAAUUCCAUCUGAAUUGUCUGAUGGCAGAAAAACAGGAAGAUAAAGAAGAGAUGCACAGACUCAAUGGUGAAAUUGCCAUAUUGACAAAGAAAGUGGACAGAGAGAAUCUGCUACGAGUCCAAACUCAAGAUGAAUGUGAAACAUUGCAAGGCAAGAUCUCAGCUCUAGAGCUGGAGCGCGUUGAGCACAUAGAUGAAAUUGCAAGCCUUCAAGUGGAACUAAGAGCUAAAGAGGAAAAGAUCAAAUGUCUAGAAAGUCUUUUGUCGGAACAAGAAAGCAAAACCAUCAAUCUUCAGAGUAAUGUUGAAAACUUGGAGCAACACUUAACCAGUGAAAGGGACCAGAACACAAAAAGAGAAGAGCACAUUUCUGUGCUUGAAGAAGACCUUCAGAAACAGGAGAAAUGUGUGGCUCUGAAGGAUGAGGAGAUUGCAGCUCUCAAGAAAGACAUUUCUGGUCUUUACAGUGUCAAGAACUCAAUGGCAGAUGAUCUGAAAGCUACAGUUUCUGAGGUUGAGGAGUAUAAAAUUAAGCUGGAGGAAAAAGAACGCCAAAUCACUGAACUGACUUCUGAGCUCGAAGAUUUGAGUGAAAAGGGAAAAGAAACUGGAAAAUCAAUGUCGUCUCAGAACAAAAAGAUUGCAGAUAUGAUGAAGCAGAACAAGGCCCUUGAAAAGGAGGUGAAAACUGCAACAACAAAGCUAAACAAGCAACAAAAGCUCACUGAAGAUCAGGCAGAGGAAUUGGAAAAUCUGAAACAAGAGAUCUCCUCUCAGAAAGAACUGAACCUUGAAAUGGAAGAGCGUCUCAAAACAUGUGUGCAAGAUAUGCAAAACUUAAAAGUAGCUUGCGAGAGAGAUCAAAAGGAAGCUAAGCAUGCUACAGAGAAGGCUGUUGAGAUGCAAGCUAGUGCACAACGAGAGAAAGAAAACGCCCUGGCAAUGACAGACUGUCAAUUAACAGAGAUGAUGGCAACACUGGACAGUUACAAACAGAGCAGUGAGAAAGUUGUCUCUGAGAAAGAUGUAGAAAUUCAAGCCCUGAGAUUGAAACUGGAGAGCACCGAAAGAGCGUCUAUGAAACUUGAGAGAGAUAUUGCAGAGUACAGAAAAGAAAUUAAAUUAUCAAAAGAUCGUUUUGAAAAACUGGAAAGAGAAAAGGACCAGCAUAUUGCAUCUCUUCAGACAGCCGCUGCUGAAAAGGCUCCCUAUGACUCUGCUGCCAAUACUCAUUCCCCUACUGGAAAAGUUCAGAUCCCUCCGUCCACUCCCGUGGUCUCUGUAGCUCCGCAGCAGCAAAGUGUCACUUCUGUGCCAAGGACCCCAAAGACCCCUGUGAACCCAAUACCAAAGACUCCUCAAAAAAGCAUCUUACGAGUUUGCAAUUCAGCUUCAAAGAAGAGAAAAGUCGUGUUUCAGCAGGAAGAAAGUCCCCGUGGGUCGUCUUCAGAGGAGUCUGAUCUGAUGGAGCUAGACCCUGAACAGACUGUAAAAGACAAGAGCUUGACACCGUUACUGCGGAGGGCCUCGCCACAGAUUUCUGUGGUAAAGGACAGUGUGAGGUCAUACACUAGAUCCACUCCGAGUAGAAUACCUUUGAACCAAACUACAAGAAACUCUGCUGUUAAAAAGAAAAAGGAACCAAGUGAGUUGAUCAAAAACCCAACUACUCCUGUUGUUGGUGAUAGAAGAAGCUAUGAUGAUGUUCCAAUCGAGAGAUCCAAACAGAGAGAUGAUAAAAGCAGCACUCCAAAUGUCAGAAAGGCAUCAUCAAAGUUUUUUACCUCAACGAGAGAACGCUCAGGAGUCAGUACAGGAGUCAGUAAAACAAAGGUGAAAGACAAGUCAGGUGGUGGUGGUCUGCUGUCCUGGAUUGACAUGGAUGAGGUGUACGGCUUUGGGCCUGAGGACUAAUUGGUUUUCUUUUUUGUUAGCGGACAAAAUGUGUCCAUUUUGUAUUUAUCACUCUGAUAUAGAACACUGAUGUUCUGCAUCAUAUGUAAAGGCUUAUAAUGUUUGCUAGUGUUCAUUUUCAUUUUAUAUAGUACUCAAGAAAUCACUCAGUAAGUAUAUUUUUAAAAAUGUGGUAGGUCAAAAUCAUAGAGACUACCUUGAUCAAACCAAAUUAUUGUAACUAUUUUUCAUUUCGUUUGAUGUGGAACAUGCAUAACAUUAACCCUUUGAACUCUUUUGAUUUUCACGUUUCCAAAAUCCACAUGCCUGGACCAGGGACUACUCAGUGGUGAGUAGCUCAGGCUCUCAGGCCUCACAGGAUGCCUAGAAAUUCUGGCAUUAAAAGUUUGAAGGGUUGAUAAUAUGCUGACAGUAAGAAGAAAUAUGAUUGUUGGUUGUCAAGUGGAAUACAAUAGCUGCAAAAAGGGAAUUUACUGGUAUUUAUUUGAUAACACCACCAUAUGACUGAGGUGAAUUAAGUUUAAUUUUUGUCGAGACUUACACUGGAUGAAUUGAGAGUUACCUUACAUGCUAUUCCGCCCAAAUGUUUGAGUGAAUGUUGAACUCACAUAGUGCCUUAAAGGAUUUGCAAAUAGUACCAGUCAGAAAUUGUUUUUCAGGAUGUGGAAUUAUGAUGCAGCCAAAUAUAGAAAGCUGUUAAGAACAUGUUUUAAUAUCAUUUCCCAUUGUAUUUACCUUUCUAUUUAAUUUCCCUUUUUUUUAAAGUGUUUGAAUAUUUAAAGCUUGUCUUCCUGUUAGUAUGAAUUCACAGAAUUGUUGUCACAUCCCCAGGUUGUUAUUAAAUUGGCUUCCAUAAUUUACAGGGAGGUGGAAUUCAUGUACCAGUAUGUGCUAUGGAGAGAUGUAUCACGUGUCUGGAAAUGUGGUUCAGAUUACAUUUGCUCUCCCACUGUCAGCUGACUAUAGGGUUUUAAUUUUAGAUUUGUUCACGUUAUUUCAGUAGUUUCUUCAAGCAUGUAAUUUUUUGGCACAUCGUUGGAUUUCUUUACUUUCAUUGAGCUCAAAUUAUAUCGCGAAAUGGAGUAUGAGGGUUGCCAAUGCUUUCUCUAUCUCUUAAAGUAUUGUUAUGUUUCUCUUCACUUUAAUACCUUAUAUGAAGAACAUGAUGUGACCUCAAGUUGUUGCCAAUUGAAUGAGUGAGCUCAUUUGAAAAAUGUACCAAAAAUAGUUGUGGCAUUGGUAGUCAAGUUAGGUUGUAGGGGCUCACAGUCGAAAGAUCAUGGAAUCAAACCCCAUCAUGGGCCUUGUGUGGUGCCUUUGGGAAAGACAUUUUACUUACAUGACUUUUUCUCGCUUUACCCAGGUGGGAAUGGGUACCUGGUUAUAGACAAUGAAAGAUCUUGUCAGUUUGUUAGUGUCUGAGCUCUUAAUCAGCUGCUUGCACUACAUAUGUGCUUUCUGAAAGCCAAUAAUGUUUUUGAGUGUUCUUGGAUCUGCUUUGGUAAUGAUAGUUGAAAAGCAGAUAAUGCCUGUCUUGUAACAGUUUUCUGUACAGUGGAUUUUUAAAAUUGUUUCACACACAAAAUUAUAAGGUCAAUAAUAAACUGACAAAGUUACAGUGGAAUUCGGAUUCAAUGAGCUCAGAUUCAACAAGAACUCACAGCCCUCGCAGAUGUGGCUUCGCUCAUUUUUCUCUCACCACGAACUUUAUCUAGUAUUCCUGGAAACAACCCAUUGCACCUGCAUCGUGAAGCAUUAUUCACUUAGCGGAUUGCUUGCGAUCGAUCAACAGCCUUCUUUCAUACCAACACAUGCGUUGUUGGCACGCGCACGUGUCUGGCACCAGCGGUCUGGGCGUGGAACGUCGCAGAUACAAACGCAUCACAGUCUUUUUCCCCCCGGCAACUGAUCAUUAUUACAAUGAUAAGGUCGUCUUGACGUAGAUCUACGUAAUGAAUUGUGUACUGGUGUAAGGAAUCAAAAGUUUCCAUAUGCUAGGCUGUACUCAGCAACACAACUUUUUGGCAAACUAUCAAGAUGACACAGACGUGCAUUUGAACAAUUAGGUUUUUUUUUCUUUUGCACAGCUCAUAAUAUGCGAGCAUUUCAGGCAUAACUUGUUACUUCUCUUUACACAUUACUUGCUCAGUGCCUGUAAUUAUCUGCUCAAAACCCCAUGUUUGCUAUAAUCAACACUCUGGUUCAACGAGAUUUUAGGUCAGGCCCGGCAACCUCGUUGAAUCCGAAUUCCAUUGUAUUGCAUUAUUACAGAUGAAAUUCCUGUAUAGUAUUUUUUAAAAUAAAGAUUUUUUUUUUCGCUCAGCUUGUGAUACUGUUUUCAAAGAAAAAGGGAAGAAAAUAUUUCUUGUAUGAUGGUACUGUUCUGAUGUGAAAGAUUUUUCUGUUUUCUGAUAUUUUGUCAUUUCUCUUUUUCUUGAUGAUACAAUGACUUCCUGAAAUACUAUCAACGUUGAAUUGUUCAGAUUUGAUUGGUUUGGUGUGUUAGAGACGAAGCUCUAUAUUGAAUAUUUACGCAGUGUUAUAUAUCAAUUUUUCAUUUCCUCAUUUUAAUACGAAAGAGAGAUAUAUUUCUGUGAUAAAGACUGUUGAAAAGAGUUCCAGUGGAACUUAAAAGGUUUAUUUUAUUAUAUUGGUGCAAUUGUUAUUAAAUAUUGGUUUUAAGAAGC